CAAGUAACCGCGCGUCGCGAAAGUACGCGCCCAGACUUAACGAAAAAAAAGUUUCCAUUUUUUAAGUUUUAAUUGUCUGUGGUUUGUGUUUGUAAACAUGGCGUGCCCUAUGAGAUCAGUGAUCGACGAAUCAGCUGGGCAAGAUGGCGCAUGCCUCGGCAAUGAAGCCGGUAUGCUGUACGGCGAAUAUCUCAUGCUGGACAAGCUGCUUACAGCCCAGAGGAUGCUCAGCGCUGAGAGCUCGAAGACGGUCCACGAUGAGCACUUGUUCAUCGUUACCCAUCAAGCAUACGAACUCUGGUUCAAGCAGAUCAUCUUCGAGGUGGACUCGGUGCGAGCACUGCUGGACGUCCAAGGUCUGGAUGAGGGUCACACCAUGGAGAUACUGAAGCGGCUCAACAGAGUCGUCCUCAUUCUUAAGCUCCUGGUGGACCAGGUGAUGAUCCUGGAGACGAUGACGCCGCUGGACUUCAUGGACUUCAGGCACUACCUGCGGCCGGCUUCAGGCUUUCAGAGCCUGCAGUUCCGUCUACUAGAGAACAAGCUUGGCCUGAAGCAAGCGCUACGCGUGAAGUACAACCAGAACUACCAGUCUGUCUUCGGAGACAACCCUGAAGCCAUGGAACAACUACACAAGUCUGAAGAAGAGCCAGCGCUUCUGGCGCUGAUCGAGCGGUGGCUGGAGCGCACGCCCGGCCUCGACGCCCACGGGUUCAACUUCUGGGGGAAGUUCCAGGCCACCGUGGACAAUAUGAUCAAAGAGGACAUCGCUGCUGCUAUGGAAGAACCUAACGAGGUGGUCCGUCGCCACCGCCUGCAGGACGCGGAGAACCGCCGCGAGAUCUAUCGAUCCAUCUUCGAUCCCUCCGUGCACGAUGCUCUACGAUCUCGGGGGGAGAGACGAUUGUCCCACAAAGCGCUACAAGGCGCCAUCAUGAUCACGUUCUACCGCGACGAGCCUCGCUUCUCGCAGCCGCACCAGCUUCUGACACUGCUGAUGGACAUGGACAGUCUUAUCACCAAGUGGCGAUACAACCACGUGAUAAUGGUACAGCGCAUGAUAGGGUCCCAGCAGCUUGGCACGGGCGGUUCUUCGGGCUACCAGUACCUUCGUUCCACGCUCAGCGACCGCUACAAAGUAUUUCUGGACCUGUUCAACCUAUCAACAUUCCUACUGCCUCGCUCUCUCAUCCCACCUCUGGACGACGGUAUGAAGCGCAGCCUCAACCUGGCCUGGGGAGAGGCCAAUGCCAACGGAAACGACGACCAGAACGGCCUUGAAGAAUCCUUCAAGUCUUUAUAGGGGUAGCCCUAAAUAAGUAGGUUAAGUUUUUAGAUUGAAAUUUGAAACCAAGCCAGCUCCAGUGUGGGCCCUAAAAGAACAUCUUAGUUCACCUAAUAGGAUAAGCAAAAAUAAUCGGGAAAGGACAUGACCAAGCUUUGGGGCUUUAUGUAUUUAUAUAGCCGGUCGAUCAACAAUGUUGGGUCUACAAUGUAUACCAACCUUUGAGGAUUUAUCCAAACGGAGACGCCAUGUCUGUAAUUGCGGUACAAAAUAGUAUGCCGAUUUCUGCGGGGGAGGGGCACGUCAAAUGUUAUACGUAACGUAAAAAUAGCCAUGUCAGAUAAACGUCAGUCCAUACAAUGUGUAUGACCAUUGGCUGCUUAUUUUCGACAGAGGGGAACGCCUGUUAAUGGCUACUCCGUUUGGUUAUAACCUCUAAAGCAGUGGUCGGCAACCGGCGGCCCGCGAACCUCUCACUUGCGGCCCGCGAGCCUCCCUGGCUAUUUUGUAUGUAAUAUUGACAAACGACAAUGUUUGAUAAAGUCAUAAAUAUUAACAAAGUGCGGCCCGCGUCAACUGCGUUAACUACUAUGUGGCCCUUUGCUGCUAAAGGUUGCCGACCGCUGCUCUAAAGGUACCAACAGUGUUCCGGAGUUGGCGCUAAAAAUAUUCAACUUAUCCAUGUUUUUAUUGGCGCUCUCUCUUUUCAAGUUUAGUCUUUAUUAUAGGGGUAAAUCCUAGUUGAGUAGGAUACGUUUUUAAAUAGAUGACUUCGUAAGACUAUAACUAAGCAGCCAGGAAUGACCAUGACCAUCGUUUGGGGCAAUAAAAACAUUUGUAGCUCGGCAAAAACCCCAAAAACUUUUUAGGUAUAACCCAAUAUAAAAGUAAGUUUUUAGACAGUUUUAUAGUAUUUUUAUUGCCUUUUACAUAGAAAACAAAAGGUACCAAAGUACGAGGUACGAGCCCAUCAUUCUAGAGUAGAUUUGUAGAAUAGUUCACCAACCAAAUCGCGUUUAAGUAGUGUCAGUCCAAUCAUAGUACAAUGGGUGAAUUAGGAGACGAAAGACGAAAACCUUAAAGGGAUGAUGAGUCGCAAUAGUUUAACGAAGUAAGCCAGAUAAUAAAAUUAUACGCUGCCGAACCAUCAUAUAUUAUAUGUAAUUUUCAUAUAAAAUUAAUAUUUAAUAAAACCAAGUAUAAUGCAUUCAAAACACAUUAUUUUCCAGUGUUACAUUAAUCUUAAGUUUAAUGAUUAAUUAAUUUUGUUAUUUUAGUAUAUUUUACAU